ACCUCUGGGGGGGAUGAGAGAGCUUCAGGAGGGAAAGGCAGAGAGGAGGAGAGAAGGAGAGAGCUUUUUCCUCUCCCUUUCUCUGCUUUGCACAGAUGACUCCCUCCUCUGCCUCUGACCGCUUUCACAUCCAGGUCGGAUUGGAAGCGAGCGGAGCUGCUUGACGAACCCGCGAGUGUUUUCUGCCCUUUGUCGGUGCCGGAGGAGCUGUGCCAAUGGAGAAGGCAACUCCGCCGCUCCAGCCCCAGCCCCAGCCCCAGCUCCAGCUGUCCAUAGCGAAGAGUGAAAGUCCGGCCGAAGACAUCUCAGGUCUGACGGACGAGGAGCUGCUCAGGUGGACCAAAGAGGAGCUGGUGCGCCGGCUGAGGCGGUCUGAGGCCGAUAAGAUGAGCGUGAUUCUGGACCACGGGAAUCUCAUCCGAGAGGUCAACCGCAGCCUCCAGCUGCACCUAAACGAGAUUAGGGGGCUGAAGGACAUCAACCAGAAGCUGCAAGAGGACAAUCGUGAGCUGCGGGACUUGUGCUGUUUCUUAGAUGAUGACCGUCAGAAAGGGAAGCGCGUGUCCAGGGAGUGGCAGCGUCUCGGACGGUACAGCGCCAGCAUCAUGCGCAAGGAAGUGACCCUGUACCUGCAGAAGCUCAAGGAGCUGGAGGUCAGACAGGAGGAGGUGAUCCGGGAGAAUCUGGAGCUGAAGGAGCUCUGCCUGUUGCUGGAUGACGAGAAGGGAGUUUCGGGUGGAGGAGGGGUUGUGGUAGGGGGAGGCGGAGGCGGAGGGGGCGUGGGGAUGGGAGGAUGCCGCAACUCAAUAGACAGCCAGAACAGCCUGCUGCUGGUGCCAGGCCAGGGGCUUCUCAUGAGGGACGUGGGAGAUGGGAGCAGCACCUCGAGUGCAGGCAGCGCCGACAGCUCAGACCACCCUCACCACAAGCAGACUCACCUCUCUGCAGGUGUGGGCAGCAUUGGGAGCAGCGGGGAGAAAGGCAGCCCUGAACUUUUGCACAAACCCAGGUGUAGCAGCAUCAGCGGGAUAGGUGGAGCGGACAGGGAGGUGUCCAGCCCAGAGCUCCCGGCUGGGCGGCACCGGAGCACGAGCCUGGAGUAUCCGUACACCCUGCCCCAGCUCUGCCGGCCCCGCUGCGGCUCCAUAUCCGUGCCCGACCACAGCCGGGUCAUGCGGGGCCUGAGCCCGGAGAAGUACGGGCGCAACAUAGGCCACCGCAGCCCGGAGCAGCACCCCAAGCACCACAGCUCGGAUCUCCUACUGGGCCAAAGGCAGCACUUCCUGGGCCAGGGAGGCAGCGGGGAGCUCUAUCAGAAGUACAAGCGGAGCAGUAUUAGCACCACAGGCUGCGGGAGUCCCGAGCCCCGGCAUGCACAUUUGGGGGUCGGCGAGCACCACGAAAAGGGCUGCAUGAUCCACGGAGGCAGCCCUGAAACUCACAGGCACCAGUACAGUGUGAGCCCGGACCACGCAAAGUUUGGCAGUCCCGUGAGGGAGGGGCAGAGGAGGCCAGCUGGUGACGAGCUGUCACCGCACCACCGGAGCAUCUACAACGGCAUGAACGGUAGGUGUGUGUCUGCAUCCACCGCUCCAGUUCUCUGUUGGUGUUCUACAGGUACAUCUCUCCAAAUUGGGAUAUCAUACACACAUAUUUGAACAUUUUCAUUAUAU